AUGACCACCCCAAAUCCUCUCAAAAACAUACUCCUCCUCGGCGCCACAGGCUCCCUCGGGCGCCCCAUCCUAACCGCCCUCCUAUCCGAACCCACCUUCACCGUCACAAUCCUCACGCGCGCCACCUCCGCCUCAACCUUUCCCCCAGGCAUCCCCGUCAUCUCCAUCUCCGAUGCGUUCACCGUCUCGGAACUGACAGAAUCCUUCAAAGGCCAAGACGCCGUAGUCUCCGCCAUAAACACCACCGCCAUAACAAAAGAUGACCUCGCCUACCGCAUCAUCGACGCCGCCCUCGCUGCAGGCGUAAAACGCCUCAUCCCGUCUGAAUUCGGGGCGAAUAAUCUCGACCCAAGGGCGGCGGAGUUGGCGCCUGUGUAUAAGCUCAAGGGCGAUAUGCUGCGAUACCUCAUGCAGAAAGCUGAAGCUUCAAACGGCGCGUUAACAUGGACGUCUAUCGCGUGCGGCUCGCCGCUCGACUGGGCGCUUGACGCCCCCAAAUCUGGGAAUUUUCUAGGCAUCGACGUCAAGGGGAGGAAGGCGAUGAUUUGGGAUUCGGGAAGCGCAAGGUUCAGCGUUACGACCCUUGCGAACACCGGUCUCGCCGUUGCACGCGUUUUGCAAGGUCCUGAGACGACUGCGAAUAAACAGAUCUUUCUGUCUGAUUUUGUCACUACGCCGCGCGAAAUCGUACACGCUCUAGAGCGGCAGAUAGGGGAGAAGUUCGCACUUGAGCAGAGGAAGUCGGGGCCGGAGAUCGAAGCUGCGAAGGAGAGGUUCGAGAAGGGCGAGUUUGAAGCGACGUAUAAGCUGCUGGCGAUUAGCUUUGUGGGGGAUGUGGAUGUGGGAUAUGACUUUGAGAAGGAGCAGAAGGUGUGGAACGGGAAGUUGGGAUUGCCGAGGGUGACGCUGGAUGAGAUUGUAAAGGGGGCGGUUAAUUUGGUCAACGCGAAGGAGUGA